UCCCUCUCCACGCUUUCUACCGCUGUUUCUCUUUUAGAUUUGCUCAAGCAAGGAGGUAGAGGCUUGUAUUUAUUAUUUUAGUGUAUUAUUAAAUAAGCCAUGGCUACAGGAGAGCCCAAAAGCAAGAAAAUCAAACUUGAAGAAAAGACAAUCAGUCAAAAUGCUCUUUUUGGCAUGGGAAAUCCCCUGCUGGACAUGUGUGCUGUGGUGGACAAGGAUUUUCUUGACAAGUACGGGCUCAAGCCAAAUGACCAGAUUUUAGCAGAGGAAAAACACAAGGAAAUGUUUGAAGAAAUAGUCAAGAAUUUUAAAGUGGAGUACCAUGCUGGCGGUGCCACCCAGAACUCUGUGAUGAUUGCCCAGUGGAUGAUCCAGAAGCCCCACAAAGUGGCCACUUUCUUCGGCUGCAUCGGCAAAGACGAGUUUGGAAAGAUUCUGAAGCAGAAGGCAGAAGAAUGCCAUGUGGAUGCCCAUUACUAUGAGCAGGGCAAGGAACCGACAGGGACCUGCGCCGCCUGCAUCACAGGAGACAACAGGUCUCUUGUUGCCAAUCUGGGGGCUGCCAACUGCUAUAAGAAAGACAAACAUCUGGACCUGGAGGAGAACUGGAAGCUGGUAGAAAAAGCAAAAGUCUACUACAUUGCUGGUUUCUUCUUGACCGUGUCCUUGGAGUCGAUCCUGAAGGUGGCAAAGCAUGCCUUUGAAAACAACAAGAUCUUCUGCCUUAACCUGUCGGCUCCCUUCAUCUGCGAGCUCUAUAAGGAUUCCCUAAUGGAGGUCAUGCCUUAUGUGGACGUCCUGUUCGGCAAUGAGACGGAGGCUGCCACGUUCGCGCACGAGCAGGGUUUCGAGAUAGAGGACAUUGAGGAGAUUGCCAAGAAGAUCCAGAGUUUACCCAAGGAAAACAAGAAAAGGCAGAGAAUAGUGGUCUUUACCCAAGGCAAGGAGGGCACCGUAAUGGCCUAUGGUGAAAAGGUGGAAACGUUCCCCGUCAUAGAGAUUGACCAGAAAGAUAUUGUGGACACCAAUGGAGCUGGAGAUGCAUUUGUAGGAGGUUUCCUGUCUGAGUUGGUGCAGGAUAAGUCUCUAGAGCAGUGUAUCCGCGCUGGACACUAUGCUGCUAACGUCAUCAUUAGACACUCCGGCUGUACGUUUCCAGAGAAGCCUGACUUCCAUUGAGAGAUGAGCGGACUUCGCUACCCCAGUUUUAUGAUACUGAUGCCUUCCUCUCAGUGUUUAAUAGACUUUUUUCCCCUUCUUUCUUUGAUCCUGUGUUCUCUCUUUCCCUUCUCGCAUUCAGCCAGUCCCAUGACAUGAUGUAAUAAUGCAGACCUUUUACUUAAUACCAAUCUAAUGUUUACAAUAUAAGCAACAGCCCAUUUCUAUAAAUAAGAAAGUAUUUUUUAAUUUUUGAUCCCUGUACUUCAAACACACACAGAUUUCUUGUGCAACGACACUGAUCACAUUGUCUCUAUCUGAGUAAGACAGAAGUGUGUUUGUUUUUGUUUGUUUUUUGUUUUUAAAACACCUUUCAGCCUUUUUGAAUAUAUGGGUUUUAUUUUAGUUCAUUUGUUAAUUUCAAGGGUUUUUAAAGGCCAGUCUCGAGUUAUUUUGUGCUCACUUUUAAUUUUGUAAAAAGGAAGAAAGAAAAUGUAUGUACUGUAUGUAUAUGUAGUGAUGCAUCUACAGUCUCCCUGAAAACUGACAAAAUUAAAAUGCAUUUCUUUCAUCACAA